AUGCUUGCCUCGUCACUGCUCAGGAAUGUCCUUACGGCUGACGAGCAGCAGUUAAUGCCUGAAUCGCUGCUUAAGAAGCUUGGAGAAGAAAUGGCUUUGUAUGAAGAGAUGGCAAAGGGCAAGGUCAGGGAAUUAGAGAAAAAGGCUGAGCUCUGCGAGGAGAUUAUAAGCGAUUUGAACAAAAAGAUGGUUAAACAAGAAGUGGAGACGAAGGAGAUGAAAAAUUCGUGCUUAGUUAUGGAGCGGAGCAAUGAAAUGUAUUUACAAGAAAUCCGAUCUCUGAGGGGGGAAGUUGCCUAUUAUAAGGAAAAGGCGUUUUUAGACGGAGGAAGGGCCAAAUCUUUUGAAGAGGCUAGGACUAGACUUCGGGAGAUGGAUUUGCUUGCCAAGGAAAAGAAGGAUCUUGAGAAUAGGGAAGAGAUAUUAAAAAAGAAGUGCAUGGAACUAGAGAAUAGCAACAGAAGGCUCACAGAAAAAGUCUUGGAACAGAAAAACCAAACAUCAUAUUUGUUAAAGAAAGUCUCUGGAUCAGAUAAUGGAAGAGACAGCCUCGAGCUUGUUAGGCUAGUGCAAAAACUCUCGAAAAAAAACGAAGAAUUGGAGAGGACAUUAGGAUCGGGAGGAAAUUCGACUUCUUUAUUGCAGUCUUCGGGUGGGGAGAGCGUUGAAGCAGAAAGAGAAGAGUACAGAAAAAUACGGGAAGAGCUAUACGAAGUAAAGAAAAACGGGUGUAUAUUAGAGCUGGAAUACAAUAAGGUAUUUAGAGAGAAGAACGAGUUAUACAACCAGAUGGUUGGGAUGAAUGAGGAGAAAAAAGCAAUGCAAAAGCGUAUCGAUGAGAUGAAGGAAGAGAUUGUGUGCUUGAAGAUAGACUUAAAGAAUACAAAGAUGAAGAAUACAAUACUAGGAGAUGCCUCUCAAAAGCUUAACGAGAUGAACAAUGAAAUAGUCCAAAAUAACUUUAUAAUAAAGGAUAGCAGAAAUAAAAUAAGAGAGUUGAAAACACAGCUAGCAGAGAGCGAGGAAAGAUACAAUAGAUACAUACUGGAAGAUAGAACCAACAUUGUAGCUAUUAUUGGGCGAGAGAUUGAGGGGAUCAAGAAGAAGCUGGAGACAGACUUUAAGCAUAUUUAUGAUAUUGAAGAGGAUUGGAAGAGAGCAGUAGAGGAACAGAAAAGACUUAAGGAUCUGUUUUUUAGGUAUGAAGAGGAAGUUUCGGGCCUUGCAAGAAAGAACGAAAUUCUCAUCAACAAUGAAAAUAGUAUGGUUCAAAGGAUAAGACACCACGAGGAAAGGGAGGGGAUGUACAGGAAUGCUCUAUUCUUGCUCGGGAGAGAUGUGAGGUGUGUUUAUGAAUUUAUGGGAGAGAUUGGAAGAGAACUUGGAGGAUUAAUGGACACGGCUGAGAAAAUAGAGAAGUCCGAGAAGGAGGGAAGGAUGCUUGUAGAAAAGAUAUACGGAGAGCUAGAACAAGUAGAAAGGGCUUUGGAAGAAAGAAACGGGGUUCUAAGAUCAUUGAUGGAAAACCACAAUGAGGAAACUAUUGUCUUCUUGGAGAAGGAGCGAAAUAUCCUAAAGCAAGAAAACAUAUUUCUUCGAAACAAAAUGGAGAACCUUGGAGACUCCUCAGAUCUUUUGGAGAAGAUAAGCAGUCUAGAGGAAGAAAACAAAUCCAUUAAAGGACAGCUUGGCUUGCUGGAGAAGACCUAUGCAUCUGAAAAGGAGAUUAUGUCUAGGCAGUCCACAGCAUUAGGCGAGACAGAUUAUAGAUGCCAUCUACUUCAGUUGGAUAUAGAUAAGGCGCUUCAAGAAAAUCUUUUACUAAAGGAAGAGUUACAGAAAGCAGAAAAGGAAAUAGCCAAUAACUAUGCAGCAAUCGAUAAAUACAGAGUUGUUAUUGAAAAGCUCAAGAAGAUUAAGGAUGCAUAUUUAAAGCUCCGAAAUGAGUGUCUAGCAAAAGAAUCCCAGCAGAAAAAUAUAAAGGAAGAAGACGAUGGAACAAAAAGACAAGAGCAGUCUUUUGACGAGUCCCCUAAGGUUCCCGGCGGCUUGGAGGCCAGCCAAACAGUAGCAGAUACAAUGGUAGAAAAAAAAGAAGAUGAAAAUACAAAAGCCUUGGCGGCAAAAGAAGAUUCGGAAAUUAGAUUGGAGAACAAGUCUCCACAGAAUCUCGCUUCAAACGAAGUAGAUGGAAACAGGAGCCAACAGGGAAGAAACAAAAGAACAGGAAGGUCUGGAGAAGAGCCUCGGCAGGGAUAUCAACAAAAGAGAGCGUACAGUGAUAGAAAGAGAAGUUGGCUACCAUACGAAUCGAAAAGAAGCAAGGACAGAAGGAAUUAA